CUGAUUACACCUCACCAAUAUGCCCGCCAGACUCAUCGACAGAUACGACCACGUCCCAGUGACCAAGGAAAACCUCGACUGGGCCGAACUCAUCACCCUUGACCUAAGUCAGUACGAGCAUCCAGGAGGAAAGGAAUCCCUUGUCAAGCAGCUGGAGCACGCAGUCCGACAUGUCGGUUUCUUCUACGUCAAGAACUUCAACAUCAGCCAAGAAGAAAUUGAUCGCCAAUUUGCUCUCGGCCGGGAGUUCUAUGCCCUUCCUCUGGAAGAAAAGCUCAAGUACCACAGCCGCGCUGAUCUUGAUCGUGGCGAGUACAACGGCUAUCGACCAGCUGGGCACCGAAUCCUCGGAAACGGUAUCAAAGACAACGUCCAAGUCUACAACAUUCCCAAGUUCGACGGAUACCACCAGCGACAACAACCCCCUGUCCUGGCCGACAACAUCGAUGAAAUCGAAUCAUUCAGCCGGAAAUGCCACACCGAAGUAGUCGAAAAACUCCUCCGUCUCUUCGCCAUCCUCCUCGAACUACCCGACGAAGACCAACUCGUCCGCGACCACCAAUACGAUGUCAAAGGCGAAGACCAUCUCCGCUACAUGCACUACGCAGCCCGUGGCGCCGAGAUCAACAAACAGGUCGGGGGGCUGUACUCUCCCGGCCACACGGAUCUGGGCACUGUGACUCUGCUAUUCCGUCAACCGGUUGCUGCGCUACAGAUUCUCAAUUCCGACGGAGAAUGGAAAUGGGUCCGUCCUCAGGAUGGAACUAUCACGAUCAAUACCUGCGAUGCGUUGACUGCUCUCACUGGCGGUCUGAUCAAAUCGAGUAUCCAUCGCGUUCAUGUGCCGCCGGCUGAUCAGGCGCAUGUGGAUCGGUUGGGGGUGUUGUAUUUUGCACGGCCCAAUAACCAUGUCAUUCUGGACCCGAUUCAGAACAGUCCCCUGCUCAACCGCCUCGGACUCACCAAGAAUGUGUUCACGGAGUUGGGUCAGCAUCUGACGACGGAGGAGUGGGUCAAGGUCCGCCAGACUCAGCAGCAGAGACGUACACGAGAGGCCAAGGUCUCCGAGGAUGGCAAGUACAGUUAUGGAGAGAAGGAUUUGGAGAUUAUCCCUGGGCUGGAUGCGAAGGUGUAUAACUAGAUAUGCGUCUGAUUAGGGUGCAUCCAAGCAGAGUUCCAAGCAUGAUUGUUUCAAAAUCAAUGGCGAAUAGUAAGACUGGAUUUGCAGUCUGGAGUUGAAGACUAUCUGAACCGUUGUGCUGAAUUUAUAAAGAUGGGACUUUUACCCAGUGAGGGGCAAAUGGUUAGCCG